GACACAGAGGAACAUCAUGGAGGGAGAUUUGACUUGUUUUGUGUAGAAACUGGAGCGAACUUUUAAAUAUCAGCACACAGCUUCACGAUGGAGACCGAUAAAGACAUCCAGACAACUCAGAGAGGAUUCCACUGUAAUAUCUGCGAUGUAAACAUACCCAACAAACCGAGUCUGGAGGAUCACGUCAAAGGGAAGAAGCACCAGCAUCUUGUGCGGCUCAGAUCUCAGAGGAAAGCUCAGGAGGAAAACAGUGUGUUUGUGAGCGGAUUUAACCCAGACACGUCUCAGAUUGAUCUGAAGGAGUAUUUCACACAGUUUGGACCGGUGACAGAUGUGAUCAUGGACAAGCAGAAGGGUGUGUUUGCAAUCGUUGAGUUCUCCAAGCCGGAUGAUGCUCAGACAGCUCUGGCACAGCUUCAGCAUCAGUUCAGUGGACUCAAGCUCCGCGUGAAGCCCAGAGAGAAGAAAGAUUUCAAACUGGCCAGCAGAGGGAAACAAGACUCCAAACAUCAGAUCAGCCUGGACAAACUCAACUUCGAGCUCUGCAAGGCUGCAUCUGUCAAUGAGCAGUUCCAGGCAGUGAUGGAGAGUUUCGAGCUGAAGGACAACGAGAAGAAAGUGAGAGAUCUUCUGGUUCAGCUGCUACAGGAAGUCUUUGCAGAAUUCUUUCCAGAUUGCCUUAUCGUGCCGUUCGGCUCCUCUGUGAACACGUUCGGAAUUCACUCCUGUGACCUCGAUCUGUUUCUGGACCUUGAGAACACCAAAGUCUUUCAAGCUCGUGCGAAGUCAUCCGAUCAGCAGGCCGGAGAGAAUCCGUCUGAGGACAGCCGCUCCGAGGACUCCAUUCUGUCCGACAUAGAUCUGUCCUCAGCCACUCCUGUGGAAAUUUUGGACCUGGUAGCCGCCAUUUUGAGGAAGUGCGUUCCAGGUGUGCACAAAGUACAGACGCUCGCCUCAGCUCGACUUCCCGUUGUCAAGUUCAGUCAUCGAGAGCUCAACCUUCAAGGAGACAUCACCAUCAACAACAGAUUGGCAGUGAGAAACACUCGAUUUCUGCAGUUGUGCUCUGGCAUCGACUCCAGGCUGCGUCCUCUAGUCUUCACCGUCCGGUUAUGGGCCAAACAGAAACAGUUAGCAGGAAACUCAUCCGGCCCUGGACCGUUGUUGAACAAUUACGCUCUUACCCUGCUGGUGAUCUUCUACCUCCAGAAUCGAGAUCCUCCUGUUCUGCCGUCUGUGAAUAAACUCAAGCGCAUGGCUUGUGAGGAAGAGGAGUGUAUUAUUGAGGAGUGGGACUGUACUUUCCCAAGUCAACCUAUUAGUGUUCCACCCAGCAAAAACACCGAAGACCUUUGCACACUGCUUUUCGGUUUCUUCGCCUUCUACUCCAAGUUUGAUUUCUCUGCUUCGGUGGUGUCUCUGAGAGAUGGUCGAGCACUGCCUAUCACUGACUUCCUCCACAGAGACAAGGAAGAAGUAGCCACAGCCGAAGCCUCUAGUCCCAAACCGAAGCGUUCCUCUGCCCCUAAACUGGGUCCUGUGAACGUCUUGGAUCCUUUUGAGCUCAGUCACAACGUGGCCGGAAACCUUAAUGAGCGAACUCAAAUGAACUUUAAGAGAGAAUGCAGCGAGGCCGAGAAAUACUGCCGCAGUUUACAAUACCAGCGCAAAUCGGCCAAAGGCAAGUCGUGGGGUCUCGUGCGUCUGUUUGCACCUCCGAGUGAAGCCGGACCCCGUUCGCACGCCGGGACUGAGAAGAUCAUGGAGGUCAGCAUCCCGUUCAAGGCAGAUGUUUUGCCGGGACCCUUAUGUUCCCAACUGGCAGGGGCAGGGGAGGCUUUUAGAGGUCUCUGGUUUGCAAAGGUUUGCUCCGCCGUGUACACGGUGUUUAACGAUAUUUUAAAAUGCUCACCCUCAGAGCCAAGUCAAGAUACUGUCACCGCUCAAAGUCAAGAAAAAGAUGGAAAUGAAACUGAGGUGAAUAAUAACCAAAGCAUGCAAGAUAUUGAUCCUCAAACCACAGGGCAAUCGGCUAAGAAGAGACCUCUUGCAACAGAUGACGGUCCAUCCACGUCCACCUGUACACAAGCUAAAAGACGGAGACUGGAUUCUCAUGUGGAGCACCCGGAGCCGGUCCACUGGAGCUGGACACAAACACGUCACGUUUGGGCGGGCCGACGGAAGGUCCGGAGGGAUCUUUUGAAGACGAGCGACGAGACCUCCAAACCUGAAGGGGGCUGCGUUGACAUCGAGAGCAGGGUGACGCAGAGAAUCGUGGAGAACGAGCAGGAAGUGCAGGAUUUGCUGGAAUUUAAGGUGGAUGCAGAAGUUGUGGGCGGUAGCGAAAAUACCAAAGUUAACCUGCGGUUUAAGCCCAGCCAGGAUAAAGCAGCGCUCUUUCAAGACUUCUUCCAUUUUUUAGAGUCCUUCCUGCCCAAGAUGACAGAAACCCUUUUAGGGAAGACGGAGAGUGUUAUGGAGGUGUCAUGAAAAGUAAAAGUAGUUGAAUUAUCUGUGUUGAUUUACAUUUUCAAGUAGGUAUGACAAACAACACAAGUCGUUUUUUUUUUAGUUUAGAAAAAGUGUUUACACGCUUAUUUUGUGUGGUUGGUUAAAACUUGUUUUUCUUUUUCUCCUCUACAAUGUUAAUACAAAAAAACGUGAACCACAUUAAAAUGAAAUUCUGAAAUUAAAACUGAGAUUUGAAUAUGUUAAGUAGAUGGUUAAAAGGUUAGUUCAGCCAAAAAUUAAAGAAUGUUGGUAACCAAACAACAUUCACCCCUAUAUGAACGCAGAACAUUUCUCAAAAUAUCUUCUUUUGGGUUCCACAGAAGACUGAGUCGCAAGCUCUGAACGACGUGAAGCUGAAUAAGAUAUAGGAAUUAGGGAUCAAGUACAUCUAGUUGAUUGUUAUCACAAAAUAAUCCUAUAAUAACAGUGUGAUCCGUGAUCUUUUGUGAUAUUUGUGGAUCUAAAUUUACAUGCUUAUUACGUGGAUUCGCGGAUUCUUGUUAAAUAAAGGAUUACAGUUUAUAGCUUUCCUUUUAGGUCUCUUAACUGUAUAUUUUAUGUGGAAAAUUGUUUUUUUUUUAACUUGGAGUAAAAUAUUGUUAAGAACUUAUUAAAAUGCAAGUCGCAAUAAAAUGUACGGUGAAAGGAUUUAAAGGACUUUACCAUAAUUUCCUUGUGAAACUUCACAUUUGAUGAUAUUUCAUUUAAAUAAUCACGUUUCUUAUAUUUGUUAUAGCAGUUAUUUACAUUGGGGAUAUCUGAACGAUUUUGUUUUUAAGGUUGUAGAUGAGCUUCUCCACCCAAUAAGGCAUUAAAGGUUGAAGGUUCCCUGAGGGCUUCUAUAAUAUUUCCAAAAGAGCAUGUUUUGAGUUACGUGCAUCACUCUCCAUCAGUCUGGUGUUUCUGUGGUGGAUUCCAUGUGAGUACUGUGGACUGGCAAUGUUAUAAAGGCAUGGGCUUAGAUAAAUGACUGCAAUUACACAAUGAGGCACAAUGCUUCAUUACAGCGGCGUGCUCCUUAGUCACAAAUGAACAUCAGCCGUCCUGUCU